UGGGAUGAACAGCAGUUCAGUUUUGCUAGGAUUGAGCUUUAACUGAUGAGCAGUCAUCCAUGACAAAACCAGCCGGUUGGAUGACUGUAUAAACCUGCAUAGAACUUGAUCUGUGUAAAGUUUAUAUUAAUAAUCGCUGGAGGGUGAGCAAAAGUGUAGGAGCUUUAUUUUUCAUCUUGCUGCUGGAGAAGAUGCUGGAGAAACUGCUGGAGAAGAUCCUGGAGAAGCUCCUGCACCAGAGCCAGGAGACAGCAGUCGGUCUGCAAUGACGUCUUGUCAGCAUGUUACAGAAAAGAAAGUUGGAAUAAGCAGCAAUCCAAACAAAACGGAUUUCCCUCGCUUUUUCAGUUAAACUGGUACAGCCUGUCCUAUAUAAUUUGCAGUCGGUAUCCAGUCCAGCCUGCUUAGCCUGAGUCAGCACCUGUGAGCCUCACUUCACAGUCUGCAGGAUUUUACAGAAGCGAGUAGACAUUCAGGAGGCAACACGAGCCGGGAAAACAUCAUCGUCCAGGCUCCAGGUUUAGGGCCAUUCUCAGUAGGCCAUGGACUGUAAGGUGAUAGACCAAGGCAGAAGGUGUCUGCGCCUGGCCACCAUGAGGCUGCCGUACAUCUUCAUGUUCCUGCUGCUGUUCAGCGCCGGAGGUUUACUGCUCCUUCUGCACUUACAGUACCUCACAGAAACACUCCACGAACAAACUCCAGGUUUGUCUGACUUUCAUCGAGCAUUACUUUAUAUGAGCUGUGGAAAGCUCAUGUUCCCACAACAGCAGCCGGAUCAGUGCCCUUAUUGUCAAGACAAUAACACACACACCUCUAGUCCAAAAGAUGGCCAAAAGCUGAGUAGUGUUCGCCCAGUAAUUUUCUGGAAUCCUCGUGCUCCUGUCUAUCACCCCAAACGCAAAGCACCUCAUAUCACCAAGAACUAUCGCAAGCUCCUCCUGAAGAACUCGGCCCUGCUCAGGCAGCUCAACAGCACUCCUGCUGGCCAGGGAUCCAAACACAUCCACCGGUUGACCCAAAUACAGCAGUCCCGCCGCAAGCUGAUGAGAGACGUGUGUGCCAAAUACAGAAGCCUCACGAGGACCAUAACCCGCAGGCAGGUGUCCCGCAUCUACGUAGAGGACACACACAAGCUCCUGUACUGCGAGGUGCCCAAAGCGGGCUGCUCCAACUGGAAGCGUGUGCUGAUGGUCCUACAGGGCCAGGCGUCCUCCACGAAGGAGCUUCGGCAUGAACAGGUGCAUUAUGCAAACCACUUAAAGCGACUGGACUCCUUCAACGUCAAACAGAUUGCCCAUCGCCUGAAGACCUACACCAAAGUGCUCUUCCUGAGGGAGCCCUUCGAGAGGCUUGUCUCAGCUUUCCGGGACAAGUUUGAGAGCCCGAACUCAUACUAUCACCCAGUGUUUGGGAAGCCCAUCAUCGCCAAGUACCGUGCUAACGCGUCGAGGUCAGCCCUGCUCACCGGAGAAGGUGUGACCUUCAAAGAGUUCAUACAGUACCUGCUGGAUGUUCGGCGCCCUGUGGGGAUGGAUAUUCACUGGGAGCGUGUGGUGCAGCUCUGCAGCCCCUGCCUUAUAGACUACAACUUCAUUGGCAAGUUUGAGACAAUUGAAGAGGAAGCCAAUUUCCUCCUCAGGCAAAUCGGUGCACCUGCUAACCUGACUUUCCCCAGCUUUAAAGACAGGAACCCGAAUGCAGCCAGGACGACAUCACGCAUCACACAGGAGUAUUUUUCUCGGCUGACUUUAAACGAGAGACAGAAAAUAUACGACUUUUUCUAUAUGGAUUAUCUAUUGUUCAACUAUUCCAGGCCAUUCCCUGAUUUGCACUGAGAAGUUUAUGAAUGUAUAGACUGAGAACCUUUUCAAUCGCUGGUCUAUUGUUUGUGUAUUGUCAGUCUAAUUGUUUUUUAUUUCUUUUUACUGUAAUUCAUCAGUCUAUUUUACCUGGCUUAGGCAUACCUAUUAAGGUUUGUACGAGUGUACACAACUCUUUCAGAUCUCAUAAAUAUGCUCAUUAUGACUCACUCUCUCUCACUCAAUAUCGGUGACCACUUUAUCCGGAUCAGGGUCGCUGUGAAUCCAGAGCAUAUCCUGGGAACAAUGGGAAUGAGUCAGGUAAUACACCUUGGAUGAAAUGCUAAUCAUCUCAGAGCAUAAACAGGGAUAUUAUGAAGGAAUAAAGCAUUGUAACGUGGUGUGCUGUUAUAGAAAAACAGUUUCCAAUUGGGUCACGUGCUGUGGGAUUUUUUUUAAAGCAACAUAAAGUUACAGGAUCACUGCUGUUAUCACUUUCAUUAGAAUGGCUAUAAACAGUUGAUCCCUAAUCUAUCCUCUAUUUUAAUCCCUGUUGAAAUUAGAAAGAAAGA